UAUCGCAGGCUGAUCGUAAUCUGAUCACAGGAAGAAUAUAGAUUUAAUAGUUUUGCGGUGUCUUCCAGCAAAAACACUUCUACAUUUUCUUAUUCAGCAAUGCUGCAAUGAAUUGAGAUUAGUAGUGAUAAAUGUGAUGCAAGAGUUUAUAAAAAGGAAAACAUUGCCUUAAAGAUUGCUGCAAAACUGAGCGAGAAAAUUUGAAGUGGUUUCGACGUCAACACAGACAUUGAUCGGCAACUGGCCUUUUCACACUAUAUGGAGAAAUGGCCUUUUGGAAAAAUAUAUUUGCUGCAAAACCCAAGAAGAAGAAAGAGUAUUUGAAUUUAAUAUUGAAUGUUGAUCCCAAUACGAUAUGGGAGACGACGGGCGAGCUAGGCGACGGUAGUUUUGGUAAAGUGUACAAGGCAAAACAUUGUGAGACAGGAGAUGAAGCUGCGGCAAAGAUUGUUGAGAUUCAUAAUGACACAGAACUUGAUGAUUUCAUGGUUGAAAUUGACAUUCUUGCAGAAUGUAAACACAAGAAUAUUAUCAAUCUUUAUGAAGCAUAUUAUUUUGAUAAUAAACUCUGGAUUUUAAUUGAGUUUUGUGCUGGAGGAGCCUUAGAUGAUAUUAUACUAGACUUAGAGAGAGGUCUUGACGAAGCAAUGAUCAAAGUUGUCUGCCGGCAAAUGUUUGAGGCUUUGACAUACUUGCACUCCAUUGGUAAAGUCAUCCACAGAGACCUAAAAGCUGGCAAUUUAUUGUUAUCAAAUACUGGUGAAAUAAAGUUAGCGGAUUUUGGUGUUUCUGCAAAAAAUAAGAAAACUUUGCAACGAAGAGAUACCUUUAUCGGCACCCCAUAUUGGAUGGCUCCUGAGGUUGCAAUUACAGAAACAUGCAAGGAUGAUCCAUACGACUACAAGUGUGAUGUAUGGUCUGCUGGUAUUACUUUAAUAGAACUGGCUGAAACACAACCUCCUUACCAUGAAAUGAGUCCAAUGAGAGUUCUAUUUAAAAUACCCAAGGCUGAACCACCAUCACUGAAACAGCCAAGAAUAUGGUCUGUGGAUUUCAAAUCAUUUCUCGCGAAAUGUUUAACGAAAGCUCCUUGCAACAGACCAACUGCAGCAGAGCUUCUUCAGCAUCCGUUUAUUUCAAAUGUAACGUCGACGAAGCCGUUAAAAGAACUCUAUAAUUUGAUGAAAGCAGAAGUCGUUGAAACUUUAGAAGAUUUACCUGAGGAUGUACCUAUGGAUAAGACAAGAAAAAGUUCUGGUGGAUCACUUGAAUCUAUACCUGGUAGCGAAUCAAGUAGUAUUUCAGAUCAUUCACGUGACAUGGUACGCUCAGAUGAAUAUUCUAACCAAAACAAACUUAGUGACCAAUCGUCUAUGAGCGAAAAAUGCGACAGCAUCAAGGACGUGACGUCAAACGAUGGUUUUGUGGAAAACAAGAUUGAUGUCAUACCUAGAAGUGAUAGCAACAUGUCAAAAAAAUCUGAUAAAUUGAUCUUAUUAACAAAUGAAAGGGAAAAAACACUAAGUGAGAAACAUGAUGAUUCACAUGGGAUAGUAAAGGAUCAGGCAGGUCAAAAGAGAUUGUCAUCAAACAGUGUGGUGUCGACUGAUGACGUGUCAUCUAAUAGUGACGUCAUAUCAAGCCCUAAUGCCAUCAAUAACUCUGAGAACAACGAAAGUACUGUGACUCAAUAUGGUCAGGGAACGGAAACUGACAAAUACUCAUCAAAGGUGGACGAUAUUUUUGACAAACUGCAAGAGUCCGAAGAUGCCAAUGAUAUUGUGAACAAAAACACUGUGGAUAAUAGGGAACUCGAGAAGGAUAAAAUAACAGAAAAUAGAAUAAGUGCAAAUGGUGAUGUUAUUAGGGACAAUGGAAUAGGAAAUAACAUCCAAAGGAAUGCUAAUAAUGACGAGAGAAAGAGCGAAGAAGACGUAAAAUCUCAAUCACAGAUUCUUUCUCAAGAACUUUCAAAACACGUUCCUUCAAACAAUCAAUUAUCUAAUGGUCUUUCAGGAAAAACAUCUCCCGACAAACAGGAUACACAACAAUAUAAGACUUUAACACGAACGAGAAAAUUCGUUAAGGACGGUCAAGUUGUCACAGAAGUAACUUCACGUGUUGUUGAUAUAAGUCAACAGGAUCGCAGAGAUGAAAAAAGACGUGAACAACAACUAAGGAAACAACAUUUUCGCGAGGUGAAACUGUUGCAGCGCGAAGAACAGAAACAAGGAAAUGAGUUGGUUGCAAGAAUAAGAAAACAUUGGGAAACACAAGAACAAAAGUUCGAAGUUGAGAAUGCUGACAUGGAAAGAAAGUUUAAUGUGGAUUUAGAGCAUAUGGCAAGACAGCAAAAGCGUGAAAUUGAAAAGUUAGAAGCUGCUCAACAGAAAGAUUUAGAACUUGCUGUAAAGAAAUUAAAGAUUAACCAGGAAAAAGAAUUCAAGAAAUUCCAAAAUUAUCUAAAAGAAGAAGCAAAAACGGAAAUGAAAAAGAUUGAUAGUUUACCACGCUCUGAAAGAAAAGAAUGUCAAAGAAAGAAAAAGGAUGAGUUAGCAGCGACCAAUCAAGCCAAGGAGUACGAAUUUCGCCAAAAACAACACUAUACGUAUCAGAAAUAUCACAAGGAUUCGGUUGAAGAUCAACGAAAAGAAAUGGCAAAGAAAGAAAUUGAGUUUUUGAACCUCAAACAUGAUCGUAUCAGAAAACAUGAAUCCAUGAAAUGGGAAGUGGAGCAAAAGCAGCUACGUGAACGUCACAUGAUGUCAACAAGUCAACUAAAAGAGAUGUUUUUCCUUCAACGAUCCCAGAUGUCGAAUCGUCAUGUGAAAGAAAUGGAACAACACCUGAAUUUGGCAAAAAUGAAGGAAGAAGAACUAAAACGGCGUAUUGAAUUGGAGAAAAAACGCCUGCCUAAAAUGCAGAAAAACGAUCUUAAGUUCAAGGCGCAAAGUUUCAGGAAAACGUUAAGGAAUUCCGAUAAAAAAGUUUCGAUGGACUUUGAACGUGAAAAAAUGAAGGAGUUCCACGAAUCGGAAUCAAGAAGAGCAAGAUCUGAAUAUGACAGAAUGAUAUCGAGACAACAUGUAGAAACUGAAGAACUACGCGCAUCACAAGAAGCGGCAUUGAAAGAGUUGCAACAGUUGCAGAACGAAAAACAACACAUGCUUAUUGAAAGUGAAACAGCAAAACUUAAAGAACGCGAUGAAAAAUACCAGGAAGAUGAACUCGUGUGGAGAAACAAUCUUGGACCACGCAAAAAGGCAUUGGAGGAAAAAUUUGCUCGCGAGAAACGAGAACAACAAGUGUUUUAUUCAAGAAAUUCAAGCAUGGAGCAGCCUGUUACCCUUCAACAAAAUGUCGAAUCUGCUGAAAAAGAGAAAAAUGGUGGCACAAUGGUUCAUUCGUACUGAAGGAUUUUUUUUAGAUCCUCGAAUGCCACCCAGUUGUGUUGAAUGUGCAACUUGUGUUCAGAGGUGUCUUCUCUUAUAAGCUAUGUUAAUAUUUGCUCAGUUUGUAAAAACAGUUGAUCAACAUCAUCUAGUUAUUUUUCGUUAUGCUAUAUCUAUAUGUAUACAUUUAGGCAAUGCAUUGGUGUAACUCCAUUGUACCCAUGUAGGGCAGGCCCUACUUUGGUGUACUCCAUUGCACCCAUUUAGGGCAGGCAAUACUUUGGUGUACUCCAUUGUACCCAUGAAGGGCUGGCAAUGCAUUGGUGUGCUGUGUUGUACCCAUGUGUCAAUGAAAAUUAUUUUUGAUGCAAUACUAAUUUAAUGAUGUUUAAUAGAGUAAAGUUUGAUUCGUCAA